AUGUCAUCAAAAGAAGAACGAGAUGAAAUAAAAAAAAAAACCGAAGAAAAAGAACAUUGCAGUAUUUUUACAGAAAAUACAUCAGAAGAUAAAAAAACAGAUAAAAACACAUUUGAUGAUGAUGAUGAAUUUGAAGAAUUUCCUGUAGAAGACUGGAAAGAUGAAGACACUGAUAUUGGGAUUAGCAAGGAUAAAUUGUGGGAAGAUAACUGGGAUGAUGAUGAUGUUGAAGAUGAGUUUUCUGUAAGUUUAAGGAUGGAGUUAGAAAAAGCACAAAAUACAUUUGUACAAAACUAG